AUGGAAAUCGAGAGAAGAUAUCACCAAAACCACGAUUCACGGCCUUCACCUCGCUUUCUCAAGUUCCCGAUAUCAAUCGAAGCGAUCACGAAGGCUUUGAACGACGCUAAACUUACCAACAAGGAUGGCUCCAAAGUCAUACCUGCGCAAGUGGACAGUGGAUUCGACAGUGUCCGAUCAGGGCUUCUCCUCUUGGCGGCCAAACACCAAAUUGGUGCUAAUCUUGUGAAAUCCUCCCUGGCAUGGGAUCCGCAGCAGGAAGGCGAUCUUGGAGACCCAGAGUACUGGUCUAUUGGAGAAGAUACUUCUAUCGAUACAUCGAAGUGUGACCCGGACUACUUCUGGUAUCGCAUGGAGAUCACCUCUCCAGCUUUAAAAUUCAGCAAAGGCCAAUCGAUGACCGACGUUCGACGUGUCUGUGAUAUUCUUUCACAGGAUUACCUCACCGUGGUCAACACAAGCUGCAAUCUUCACGUUCAUUUCUCGUAUGGCAGGAUUCUCAGUCGCAUGGAUGAAGGCGAUCAAAAUCCAGCCUUCGACUCGAUGGACACACACUGGUUGGCAUCAGCAGGGAUCAAAAUUAUUCGAAGUGCUCUCGAUCUGCCUGCCUUGACAAAACUUAUCUCUCAGACUGAUAUAUUUGAGGGUUUUAGCUCACGAGACAUGUCAGUCAGCAUCCAUCAUAUUACUCAUGUUCUGUAUCCUGGAUGGAAUAGUUCAACGGCAGGAGAUAUAUACAAUGAUCGCUUGAAGAGAAAAAGGCACACUGUGGAGUUUCGUUUAUAUGAAGGAACAUUGGACAAAGACAAGGUGGAGCACUGGAUCAAGACUCUCGGUGGCAUCAUCAAUUGGCUUGAAAACUAUACUGUCGAAGAACUUGAACGCAAAUUGAUGCAAAUGCUGCCCAGAAUGAAAGAAACGACGGAUCUAGCUCCGCAAGAGAGGGGUUCUGAGGAGGGGCAGGAGGAGAAUGGCGAGGACAGAAACAGGAAGGCAAUGGGUGGAGAGGGGUUGGCGGGCAAAGGAAAAGAGAAGCAGAGCGAUGAGGGCGAGCUGGGGGGAGGGACUGACGAGGAGAAUGGUUGUCGGACGGUCAUUGACAUUCUUGAACAACUCGGUCUUCAAUGCCAGGCAGACUUUUACAGAGAUAAGUUGUAUCUUCAUGCAGAUGCUCUGCAGUGGGUGGGAUGAGCUGACAGCAACCUUUCCUGAAGUCUUCAAAGGCUUGAUAAUGGAAGGAAGAUAAUGGACAUCUUUCGAUAGUAAUCACGA